UUUCUUUUCCCAUGCAAUGCAUCAGCCAUGUUCCCACACCGGCUAAAUACUCUCUGGCUCAGCCUACUACAGCAGCCACACGCCAAACUCAACAUUCUACUGUACUGUAACCAUACCACAAACUCAGCCUACUACAGUAGCCACACCCCAAACUCAACAUUCUACAGAAGCCACACCCAAAACUCAGCCUGCUACAGCAGCCACACCCCAAACUCAACAUUCUACAGAAGCCACACCCCAAUCACAGCCUGCUACAGUAGCUACACCCCAAACUCAGCCUGCUACAGUAGCCACACCCCAAACUCAACAUUCUACUGUAGCUACAACCCAAACUCAGCCUACUACAGCAGCCACACCCCAAACUCAGCCUGCUACAAUACCCACAACCCAAACUCAACAUUCUACAGUAGCCACACCCCAAACCCAACAUUCUACAGAAGCCACACCCCAAACUCAGCCUGCUACAGUAGCUACACCCCAAACUCAGCCUGCUACAGUAGCUACACUUCAAACUCAGCCUGCUACUGUAGCCACACCCCAAACUCAACAUUCUACAAAAGCCACACCCCGAACUCAGCCUACUACAGUAGUCACACCCCAAACUCAACAUUCUACAGAAGCCACACCCCAAACUCAGCAUUCUACAGAAGCCACACCCCCAAACUUAACAUGUUACACAAGCCACACCCCAAACUCAGCCUUCUACAGUAACCACACAAAAACCCAGCCUGCUACAGUAACCACACACAAACUCAGCUUGCUACAUGCCUUAGCCUGCCCAUGAAAUCAAACUGUUUCCUAUAUACAAUGUGCACUGAUUACAGCACGCUGAAAGGGACACAAUUCUGCAGUGUUUUAGUACUUGACUUAAGCCCAAGUCCAAGACCAUAUUUUCAGGAGCAUUUGACUUUGGCCUGGACUCGGACUUGAAUGAGCUGGUCUCAACCAGUCUUAGAAAAUAUGGUCUUGGACUUGAGUCUGUACUCGAGUACUACAGCACUGCAGUUCUGAAUGUUUAAGCUGCUGUAUUUUAAAGCAAAUAAACGGAUAGAAAUUGUUUUGUGAUCUGUUUUUUCAUCUAACUGAUGUCAGAAUACCUUUAAAAAAAGAUUUCAAAUAAACUAAG